AGUUGUUAUGAUAUUGAUUUUGUUUAUAUUAAUGUAGAAAAUGGCAUCAUUUCGCUUCACUAUAGUAUGUUUUUAGAAUGGUUGUAUUCGAGAAAGUAGUGGCAAAGUUCAUUAUGUUGGGGGAUGAUGUAGGUUGUUUGCAUGCAACUCAAACAUGGAUUUGAACCAGUUUAAACGUAUUAUAUGCUCUAAGAUUGGACUGAACCCCACUAGAAGUAUCGUAAAUAUAAGCUAAAAAUAUGACAUGAGUGGAGAAUUGCUUGCCUUUCCUGUUGAGGAUAAUGAGGCUAUAGAUGCUAUGUGGGAGCAUUCAAAGUCCACCCAAAUUCCCUCUUUGGAGCUAUACGUAGAAGAAGUACCCUUAGGAAAUGUAGUUGCUUCUAAUCCUACUCCGACCCCUAUGCCUAUAUCAACUCCGGAAACUCUUAAUCCUUUCGUUCCUUCCACAAACUCUUUGGAGGGCUUCUGUGCCACUCAUAUGCUUCAACAUUGUCGAAGUACAUCUACCUAAGCGCGUACUGCGCCAAUAUGGGUUAGUACAAGACAUUCCACCGCCUUCCGACACUGAACUCGAGCUGCACCAGAUUUCGAGCAAGAAUUAGGGUACGGCGAACUGGAUGAAGAUCAACUGGCGCCACAUCGCUCGUUGGGAUCGUAGACUUGAUCUGCUGGCCCAAGGUGCGCCUAUCGAUGUUCAUGGCGCACCUACUACACCGGACUACAUGCCGUGGUUCCUCUCCAUCACUCGCCGAUGGAUGACACCACAUGGCAUCAUCGCAGCAGCACAUUACGCACCUGCUGCGCCAAUGAUGACCCAAUUUGCACAAUGUGCGGCAGCAGUGAUGCGCUACAGCCACGAGGAGCCAGUGAGAGAGAUUGCGCAAGGCAUGCUCGUCGGCACGCAGUUCCAGCACUUCAUACCGGAAGUCGCUGCAGAGUCCUCACUGGCUACCACCCAUAUGCACGUCUCAUCUCCUGCUUAUGACUAUCAUUUGGAGGAGAUGGAUCUCUCAUACCCCGUUGACGUUACAGGGACCUCGCAGGCUGCGCCAUCACAGUACCAGUCCCCUCCACUGCCAGAGCGACACCCGAACGCCUUUUACUAUUGUAAGAGGCAUAGGAGACCAACUCAGUUGGAUAGGGUAGAUAAGGGUCGUGAGCGUUAGCGUUUCGCUUUUGUGUAUUU